AUGAAGGUUUUAGCGAUAUCUCUCCUUUUCAUCGUUGCUCUCGGAGCAGUUGAUAUUCCACUCUCCCCAAUUUACAGCACCCCAGAGGAGCAAUUAGCUUACUUCAACUUUCUUAAGCUCAGAAAAUUCUUAAAAGGAAACCAAAUUCCAGUCACCAACUACAUGGAUGCCCAAUACUACGGCCCAGUCGCCCUUGGAACCCCUCCUCAACCAUUCACAGUCGUUUACGACACUGGCUCAUCCAAUCUCUGGGUCCCAUCUUCCAAAUGCACCUCCCUCGCCUGCUACAUGCAUCACACUUUCAAUUCAGCAGCCUCCUCCACCUAUGUGAAGAACGGAACAGCUAUUUCCAUUCAAUACGGAGAAGGUGCCUGCACUGGCUUCAUUUCACAAGACACCAUGACCUGGGGUGGCUACACUGUCAAAAACGUCCUCUUCGGAGAAAUGACUCACCUUCCUGGCACAACCUGGAUUGAGAGCAAACCAGACGGAAUCCUCGGAAUGGCCUGGCAAGCAAUUGCUGAAGAUGGAACCCCACCAGCCUUUACUUACUUAGCUAGCCAAGGACUCGUUAGCAACAGCUUUGCAUUUUACCUCACCAAGACUGCAAACCAAGCUGGAAGCGUCCUUACCUUAGGAGGCUUCAACUCAACCCUGUCCAAAGGAGACUGGAAUUACGUCCCUCUUUACAAACAAGAAUGGUGGCUUAUUCAGAUGGGAGCCAUUACUGUAGGUGGAAAAGCUAUCACUGGAACUGGCUUCAAAGCUAUUGUUGAUACUGGCACCACUCUCCUUGUCGGAAGCCCUAAAAUUGUGAACCAAAUUAAUGCCAUAAUUGGAACUGUUGCUGAAGACUGCUCAAACAUUUCCAAACUCCCAACAGUGAACAUUGUGAUCGGAUCUAUUACUUAUGCUAUGCCUCCUAGCGCUUACGUCUGGCAAGUCCCUAAUGGAAACACCUACCAAUGCAUCAACGGAUGGGACGCUGAUGACUUACUCUACCCUUUUAAUUGGAACAAUAUAUGGGUAAAUUUUGCAUUUUUGGCUGCUUAUUUAACUCUCUUUUAAUUGGAACAGAAUUUUUUUCUAUUUAAUGUGGGAAGUUAGGUCUUGGCAUGGAAGAUACACUUAUUCUUGGAGAUCUUUUCAUUAGAACUUAUUACACUCACUUCGAUAUGGGUGGUUCAAGAGUUGGGUUCUCAACUGCCCUUUAA